UCACGGUGCAUUUGCAAUAAUGACGUAUGCGACGAGUAUCAUGACGCAAGUUGGUGUCUCCGUCAAUCCAGAACUGCAAAGUCUUUUAGUGCCGCUUUGUCUGUUAUGUGGUUCAGUUGCACCGAUACUUUUUGUGGACAGGACAGGAAGAAAGCCGCUGCUUAUAGGGGCAUUUUCAGUGAGCGCGGUGUCACUUAGCUGCCUGGCGUCGGCGCUGCUGGUGCAGCGGAGCGGUGUAGUGGUCCCGAGCUGGGUGCCCGUAGUGACGAUCGCGGCUGCGGUCUUCAGCUACUCAGCGGGAGUGGUGCCGAUACCCAAUAUCAUUAUUAACGACAUGUUCCAAUUUCAAGUGCGUGGAAAGAUAAUUGGCCUCAUCCUCAUGGUGUACUGGGGUUGCACAUCCCUGCAAGUACUUGUACUUGUGUAAGUGCUUGUACUAAUAUUCAUCCCAGAGACCAAAAGGCAAGACUACAGAACAGAUAGAAGACAUUCUGGCUGGCAAAAGAAGUGGCAAUACCCUUGAAACUACCAGCUCAUGAAAUAAGUGAUCGUUCCCCUGAAAAAUUGCAGUCAUGAACAACAUCAUCAAGCUCUUACACUCUUCAAAGUGAUAUUGAAAAUGAGAGUUUUUCUCUCACAUACUAACACCCUGCCGAAUAAAAAUUUUAAUUAAAUACAAUUAAAUACUCGUUGAACAGUGUUUCAAAAUGACGUUUAGUAUAAAAUAAGUAUAAAUUCUUUUUAAAACUUUGUAACUUUUUGUUAUUAAGGGGGUGUGUGCAAACAUCACAAAUUAGUGUGAAUAAAUUAAUGAUUUAACUUUUUAAGACAGUUUAUUAAUAUUAGUAAUUAAUAUUCUUUGUUUUAUAAAUAUACGAAUGCAAACUGAC